AUGGCCACAAUCAUCAACACUUUGAGUCAGAACAUUUCUGAAAGUUUCCAAAGUCCCGUAUUACACUCAUUUCAAGAAUCUUUAACUGUGGAAUCAGUUAUUGAAUUCUUCAAGACUUUAUCAUGGUGGAAAGUUUUCUUUACAGCACUUGCCGUUGGGCUUGUUUAUGAUCAAGUGAUGUAUCAAAUUAGAAAAGGUAACAUCGCUGGUCCUCGUUUUAAAAUUUGGCCAGUUAUUGGUCCAUUCUUGGAAAGUUUAGAUCCAAAAUUUGAAGAAUACAAAGCUAAAUGGGAUUCAGGUCCAUUAAGUUGUGUUUCUAUUUUCCAUAAAUUCGUUGUCAUUGCAAGUGAUAGAGAUCUUGCAAGAAAAAUUUUCCAAUCUCCUUCAUAUGUUAAACCUUGUGUUGUUGAUGUUGCAAUUAAAAUCUUGAGACCUGAAAAUUGGGUCUUUUUAGAUGGUAAAGCUCAUGUUGAUUAUAGAAAAGGUUUGAAUGGUCUUUUCACUAAACAAGCUUUAGCUGCUUAUUUACCAUCUCAAGAAGAAAAAAUGGAUCAUUAUUUAAAUCAUUUUAGAGAAAUUUCAAAAGAUGGUACUGCUGUGUUUUUCCAUGAAUUAAGAGAAAUGAUGUGUGGUCUUUCAUUAAAAGCCUUCUGUGGUGAUUAUAUUACUGAAGAUCAAAUUAAAAAAGUUGCAGAUGAUUAUUAUUUAGUUACUGCUGCUUUAGAAUUAGUUAAUUUCCCAAUUAUUAUCCCAUUUACUAAAACUUGGUAUGGUAAAAGAACUGCUGAUAUGACUAUGAAGAUUUUCGCUGAAUGUGCAGGUGAAGCUAAAAAAUAUAUCCGUGCUGGUGGUAAACCAACAUGUGUUUUAGAUGCUUGGAUCAACGUUAUGGAAGAAGCUAAAAAGGGUAAAUCUGAUAAUCCAGAUGCUAAAGUUUUAGUUAGAGAAUUCUCAAAUAAAGAAAUUUCUGAAGCUAUUUUCACUUUCCUUUUCGCUUCUCAAGAUGCUUCAUCUUCAUUGGCUUGUUGGUUAUUCCAAAUUGUUGCUGAUAGACCAGAUAUUGCAGAAAAAAUUAGACAAGAACAAUUAGCUGUUCGUGAUAAUGAUCCAUCAAAACCAUUAUCUUUAGAAUUAAUUGAUAAAAUGACUUAUACUAAUAUGGUUGUUAGAGAAUCUUUACGUUAUAGACCACCAGUUAUUAUGGUUCCAUAUGUUGUUAAAAAGAGUUUCCAAGUUAAUGAAGGUUAUUCAGCUCCAAAAGGUUCAAUGGUUAUCCCAACUUUAUAUCCUGCUUUACAUGAUCCAGAAGUUUAUGAAAAUCCAGAUGAAUUCAUUCCAGAACGUUGGACUGAAGGUUCAAAAGCUUGUGAAGCUAAAAAGAAUUGGUUAGUUUUUGGUACUGGUCCUCAUGUUUGUCUUGGUCAAACUUAUGUUUUCAUGACAUUUACUGCUUUAUUAGGUAAAGCUAUCUUGAAUAAUGAUUUAAUCCAUAAAGUUACUGAAUUAUCUGAAGAAAUUCGUGUUUUCGCCACAAUUUUCCCAAAAGAUGAUUUAUUAUUACAAUUUAAACCAAGAGAUCCAUUCACUCCAGUUCAAACAAAAAUUAACCAAGAAGUUCAAUAA